AUGGGUUUUCUUUUGCUCUACAAAAUGUUGUCGUUCGCAAAAACGCUGCCGGUGCUUUUCAUCUUGCUGCAGAUGGGUUGGGCCGAGGAGAAAAGGUCAUCGGAGCUCGACUUCAAGUCGUCCCCCUUGGAGAACACGAACUAUCUGCAGCGAAUUCAUAUCUAUAAUGAGGACAACUUCGAGAAGUUCUUCCUCCUCUCGUCGAAUUAUCCAUCGAAGCUGAGCUUUAGGGCGAGUAGUAUCCCGGAUUACAAGUACGAUGCUUUCAUCGAGAGACUCUCCUUCAACAGCAACAGCAGGAAGAUCUGCUCUUUCCCAGUUUUUGGCUACGAUCCUACUACUUAUUACAUCCGAUUGGAGUCCACUAAUAAUGAUUAUGAGAUUUUCCAGGUCAUCAAGACUUAUGACAAUCCAGCCACUAACUUAAUCGAUAUUUAUAUUAUAAAUAUGGCAAACUGCCAAUACACCAAAAACGAGGUCCUUAAGGGAUACGACUACUUUAAUUAUGGUGGCAGUUUUCUCGUCUAUAAUCCCCGGAAUGAGGACUAUUUUGACUUUUUUUCGUUUAAUGGUCAAGAAACGUGCGGCUCCUACAUUUGUAAGCACACUUAUAACUUUGCCAAGCAGUCAUUUGGCAAACCCAUGGCAUUCGGCUUUUCCAACAAUAAUCCUAACACGAAAUUACUGUACAUCGGCUCGUCGUCCGACCAAGGCUAUUUUGCAAUUUCGAAAAAUGGGAAUAAAUACUUCUUAUAUUCACUGACAUCGAAUGGUGAUACUAUAAACACUAUUAAUGAGUCUUACGACAAGAUGCUCAAACUAUUAAGAGUAUCCACUUCUUAUGAGGAUUCAAAUAUUUACAUCUUGCUAAUCGUAAGUCAUUGUCGUUCUAUUAUUUUUGUAGGUACCUUCGGAGCCUGUUACUUCCUCGAAGGCAAGGAGAAGGAAGUAUUCUGUCUACAGUUCGAUAACAAGUUGAAUUAUAAAUUCAAUAAAAGCCUGAACUUAGAUUACGAAACGAAGCAUCUCGCGAUAUACAAUCUGAAUCGGGACGGUCUUCUAUUACUUUCUACCUACUGUGAAAAUAACGAAUAUGAGAAGUGCCAGGAGUUUCGGCUAACCAAGUUUGAUAGUACCGGCGCAUAUAGCGAGUUCUCCAAAUUCAGAGAUGCGACCUGCUUUUCUAAGAAGCACCAGUUUACCUUCUUUGAAGAGGAUGGUAAUAUCUGCUUAUUCUACAUCUGCGACUCGCAGCAGGAGAAGAAUACCAGUUAUGAUUACAUCAUUAGGUCUAGGUGCUUUUAAACCUACGAGCUAAGACGAUUGUUCGGAUGUGCAUUAGAUCGGUUAAAAAAUAAAAUAAGAUACAAUUUGUCAAAA